GAAUUCUGCACCGAGCGCUUAUGUUAGUUCCACUCAUCAUCUGGUGCCUUUGAAGUUCGUGAAAAUAGCUGGCAAACAUUCUUAAUUAGCACUGUAUCACUACGGUUUUUGAUUUUGAUAUAAUCUAAUGUGAUCAUUAAAUCAUACUUUACGCGCCGAUUAAUAUAAGUUUUAAUAUUCAGCUUCACUUUAAUUUCUACAGACCAAAGGAAUGCUCUGAAAGGAAUGCAUGAAUUACUACUAACUAUUAACUGAGGACAAUGGAAUUAUGUAAAAUCAUCUUAAUUUUGACACUUACAAGACAUUCAUAUUGUGGAUAUACAGGUUACAACAUAUUGCUAUGGCUGAGCAGUGACGAAAAUGUGGCACCUUCUGAUGUCUGGAGAGACUCUAGCAGUACCUAUAAUAAUGGCACAAACACGACGGUGAAUAAAUUGUUGAAGACAGAUACAAGAGGAUAUAGGAAUACAUUUAUUGACAACUGGUCUAGCAAUCCGCCUGAUAUUACAAGAGUGACUUACAGAAAUAAAGAUGGCACCAUUAUAUUCAGAGUAAAGUUUAACUCGGCAGGAUUCUCACAUACAGACUGGUACAAUGUGUCAAAAGCGAGGGGAGGGAAAUGGCCUGCGUUGUCAUACGAAUUUAACCAUUCCUACACAAGUUACAGCGUAGGCUUUACCAUGUCAGAAAACAGUCUGGAUGUACUACGGUACAAUGCAGCUAGCUUGAAACUGGCCAAUGGGACCGUUGCUUUUAUAGUUGGUGAAGGGCGAAAUUUCGCACUGUUACCAGCUUCACAUACAGCACCAGAUGAUUGUUAUGCAUCAUACAAAGACUCUAACCCGUUUUCAGUAAACAUUACAAAGACAAAUAUAUCGCACAUUUACUGUUCGGCUUUUUGUCGCGAGAGGAACUAUCUACAUGGCGGUGUUCAUGGUGAAACAUGUUCGUGUCUGGAUGCGGCUGCUAGUGGACCUACAUUGACAGCAUGUACUGAACCUUGUGCAGGGAACUCUGAAGAAAUGUGUGGAGGGGAUCUACCUCCAGCUACAAUUUUCAACGCCGUUAACACAGAUAUUGAUGCGUCACAAUUUGAUCAACCAUUAAUACUGAUGAAUGAAGUACAAGUAAACGGAGAGACUGAGGAAAUAUCGUAUGACUGGCCAAUACACCUGUAUGGCUUCAAUGUGACAAUAUCACCUAUCAACUUGCCUGCAUCUAUCCGCAUGAGUCUUCAUUAUCGUUCACAACCAUGUAAUGGAAAUAACACGUGGAAUUCUACAUACCAAAAGACUUUCAGUGUUGCUGCUGCAGAUUCAUAUAGCAUAUUUGAGAUUGAGCCUCUGUUUGUACAGUGUGUUUACAUCUCUCUCUACGAUAAUUACACAAACAAUGCGACAACCUUUCCAAUUAAUAUGACAACAAUAACCAUUGCAAAACAAAGUUUUGUAACGGCCCAGUUCUUCACUAUUGAGGCUUCGUGGCGGACAGGUAUAGGAAUAAACUAAGGAUUUCAUAUAUCUAUUCUUCUACACUCGCAACAAUCCACUCACUAUAUGGUCGGUAGAUAAAAUUAACUUUAAUUCUGGAAGAUAAAAUGCACAUUCACAUGGGCCGGUGGUCUAGUAGUAAUACGUUUGACUGUCAAUCCAGAGAUCCGGUUUUCGAAUCCUGGUCCAGCCACUAGAAUUUUUUGUGAUGCCCUUGUGUGUCUCCCACCUAAGUAAGAGAGCAGUACUUUUACCAAAGACAGUAGUUCUUCCCAUGGAAAUACGGCUUCGUGUGUAUCGGUACUAUACACCGAGCACGUUAAAGAACCGGACUGCCUUUUGCAAAGAGCUCGGCUAACUAAGCCGGACAGGCCUGUAUCUAAAAGGAUUAUUCCCUCUUUGUUCUUUGGUCUUUGUCUAACUCUGUCCAUCUGGACUGAUUUCUCUGUGUCUGUACUAGUAGAAGAAGAAUAUGGC